AUGAAAACUGUUGGCUUUCUAAGUCCUGGCGCCGCCGCCACUGCUAUAGUAGCCUUGAUCUCCUUUCUUGAGCUUGUAUAUGCCCGGCCGAGUCCUGAGCCCAAGGUUCCAGCCCGAGUGCAAUGGUCCCACAACCGGGGAAAGAAGAUUGCAAGGACAGCUUUGAGAGGUGCUCUGGACGGGCGCUCAUACAACACGACUGCAAGCUCUACUUGUAGUACAUCUGAAGCUGUGUCAAUAAUUGCUCCUCAUGAGAACAUUUGGGCUGGACUGACGGAUGCUGAGGCGGUUUCGAUCGUGGCAUGGUUGUUCGCUCAGCCAGAGUUAAACUUGACAGCAACUGAAGACGCUGGUGAAUGGGAUAAUACUAUCCUUUUGGUUGAGCUACAGAUCCCCAACAAGACUGAUGUUGUCUCACAUAUCGAUGGCGGAGCUGCUGCUCCCGCUAGAUAUGCGCAAGUAAGGCUUGACAAUCGUGCAACUGAAGAUCCCUACUACCAGGACCUCAUGGUCGGGCCUUUACCUUUGGCUGAUUCCACUGCAAGCUAUCAACCUCUUGACUACCCUCUAACACGCAAGACAUCAGGAAAGGUUCGCAACCUAGAUGCGGAUUCCGAGACUUUAUCAUCAGAAUGGAUAUACAAAAUUGGCGCUGAAGUCGCAGAUAUCACUCUGGAUCUGUGGGGUGGCACAGCCAUGGGUCUCGACAACGACACACUUGACAUCUGGGGCAUCGACCCCCUUUGGCAAGAUGACGGACGGAUUGUGCGUUGGGACAUGUUCUGGAACUUACCUGAAGACGAGUUCGAUGCGGAGACUCUGCUACCGCUCGGCUUAUACUUCAAGAGUGACGUGACAGGCCGAGACCCUAGCCAAUGGAAAGUCGAGGGAUGGCUGUACAACAACGUUUUCUAUGAGACAACCGAGGAAUUCAGGGCUGCCUACUGGAGUGGAUCCAUCGAGAAGCUCAAGGCCAAUGUAGAGGGCUCUUGGGCUAGAACUGAUCCCCAGGAUGUUUCGUUACCAUACGACACUCAGUACCCUCCUACCACCAUUGCCCCGUCGGGCUCCCGUUUUGGAGUUGACUACGAGCGCAAAUAUGUGGAGUGGAUGGACUUCAGCUUCUACAUCGGCUUCUCCCGCGAUGUUGGCAUGACGCUGUAUGACAUAAAAUACAAGGGUGAGCGUCUCUUAUACGAAUUCGGCCUUCAAGAAGCUUUGGCCCACUAUGCAGGUGGCGACCCCGUCCAGUCCGGUGUCUCGUACCUCGACUCAUUCUACGGUUUUGGUCCCUUCGCGUUCGAAUUGGUCGCAGGCUACGACUGCCCCGAGUAUGCGACUUACCUGAACUCAACUUUCUAUGUUGAUGAGACGACCCACACUCACCUCAACAGCAUCUGUCUUUUCGAGUUCACCACGGACUAUCCUAUCCAACGCCACAGCACCAGCGCGUAUGUCUCCGCCACCAAGAAUACCUACUUCACUGUACGGUCUGUGUCUACCGUGGGGAACUACGAUUACAUGUUCUCAUACAGCUUCAUGCUGGAUGGUACUAUCUCUGCUGAGGUCAGAGCGUCUGGAUAUAUUCAGUCUGCGUACUACACCACCGGCUCGGACUUUGGCUUCAAGAUCCAGGAGGCGCUGAGUGGCUCGAUGCACGACCAUGUGCUUAACUUCAAGGCAGACUUCGAUAUCUUGGGGACUGCCAACUCCAUCCAGCUGAUGAAGAACAUCCCUGUCUCCCGCAGCUUCCCAUGGUCCAACGGCAAGGUCCGGAACACCAUGCAAUUGGAGCGCAGCUGGUUUGAAACGAGGAUCAAGACAAACAAGUGGGGCGAGUACCGGGCAUACCGCGUUCUCCCAAUGUCUGGCGCCAUGCACUUGACUGUAGAAGACUCAAGCAAUCUUGUGAAUGCAGCUCGCUGGGCCGAGUACGACGUCCAAGUUACUCGCCAGCACGACUAUGAGCCUCGCGCCGCUCACCCUUACAACUCACAGGAUGUUCAUGAUCCUCCAAUCAACUUUGCCGAGUUCUUCAACGGAGAAAGUCUGGACCAGGAGGAUUUGGUCGUUUGGCUGAACCUGGGCAUGCACCACGUACCGCAUACAGGCGACCUUCCCAACACAGUCUUCACAACAGCCCAUGCAGGCGUUCAAUUCAUGCCUUCCAACUACUUCGACAUGGACCAGAGCCGCAAUACAGUAAAUGCGAUACGAAUCAACUACUCGAACGGAACUGCGACGGAUGUCGCGACUUUUGGCCAGAAGGAUGAUACCUGCGAGCUCAAUUUCACGCCCGCUGAAUUCAAUGCUUGGAACUAUCAUGGAGAUGUGGUCGUCAGGAAGUUUCCGUACGAUCCUAAUAGCCCGUAUUAUGAGACAGAUGCUAUUGUGUAA